GUAUGAAGCAAUAAGUCCUAACAUUAUUCUCAUAAAUUACCCUGUUCCUCAAUCGCAGAUAAUAUAAAUGACCCACAUGCCAUCCUUUAAUUUGAAAUCCUCACCGGAAGUGUUCCUGCACAUACGAAACGUCCAGCUUCCCAGGGUUGUUUUAUUGCAUUACCGUAAACCUGUAACUAAUCGCGCACUCGAAAUACAGGGGCGGCUGGUUUGACCACGCAAAAGUGAAAGACGGCUGGCUUGACCGCAGUCAGCGCUUGGUGUGGUAGACUGAGUCUUUAUGUUUAACCAUUCGUCUUCUGUUAACUUUAUGUUAGCUUCUUUCUCCCACCUUGCCUUCACGUAGGCUACAAUGUGGAGAGACCUUUCUACGAUUAUUUUAUUUAUUUAUUUUUGUAAUCAAAGAUGUCUUUAUGAACAGUUUGACUGCACUCAAAGGCAUUCCUCUUGGAGUUCCGGAGAUAUGCGCAUGUGCAGGUGCUUUGGCGUGCGUGAUUAAGAACUGAGUUCCACAGAAUUCUUUUAACUGCCUUCCUUGGAAAUGAUUCCUCUGACACGUCACAUGAUCAGGCAGGUCUGAUAAAUAUCAGCAGGCUGUUCACACAGACACAGCAAACCUCAGCAGAGCUACACACACGUUACCAACAGCAGGAUCACAGGCAGCCUUAUCAACCCUGAAACAGGUGGUCUGUUGAAUGCCUUCACUCUGCUCCCAGUCUGCACUCCACCUCACUACACCCUCAGACACCAUGGUCGUACACGAGGAGAAGGAGUGUGUGGUGUGCUUCAAUGAGUACUCUCGCAGCGGCCGGGUCCCUCGGGUGCUGCACUGCGGACACACCUUCUGUGCACCCUGCCUGGAGCAGCUGUCCCAGCUGAAGGGGUUCCUCUGCUGCGUCUCCUGCCCCCUGUGCCGCUGGAUCACCUGCACCAGGGCCAGCCUGACCCUGCCCGGGGCCCUGUGGGUCAACACGGAGAUCUGGGACAAGAUAGUGGAGGACAAGGUGGAGGAGAGGGCGAUACCAUCAGCCUCGAUGGAGGAUUUAAGCUACACUGAGACACAACUCAUCCAGUCAUCACUCCCCGUUUCAAAACAGUCUGGUGGCAAGACCUUACUCCAGAGGAUGUUUGGAUGUGUGACGCAGCAGCCAGACAUGGACAAGUGUUGACAGUUUAACAGCAGAAGAAGAAAUGACAGAGGCAUCUCCGUUCCUCUUUUCGUUCUAACUGAAGGGCCCAUGGCUGUAUGGAAAGGAACCUGAUGAAUGUUGCAGGACCAGUGGCGGCAGGUGGAAAAUAUUUUUGGUGGGGCUUUUGAUAUAGUGAGUAAAACAUUUUUUUUUGGGAGAAAUUACCCCUUAAAUUAGGACUUCUGGUGAUGUAAUGGCGCGUUUCCAGUGCAGCGCGGAGCUCGCUUUAAUGC